AGGUUGAUCUCUCCACCACACACACAGCUACCAUACCAAGUAAGCCUUCGACUAGCUAGCAGCACCAUGGCAGGAAGGGUGCUCCUCGGCGUCUGCGCCGCGCUAAUGGCGAUCGCUGUCGCUAGCGCUGCGGAGGGCCAGGUGGCGUCGGUCGUCGUCGGCCUGGCCAGGUGCGCCGACUGCACCAGGAAGAACAUGAAGGCCGAGACGGCUUUCAAAGGUCUUCAGGUGGCGAUCAAGUGCAAGGACACCAACGGCGAGUACGAGACCAAGGCCGUCAGCGAGCUCCAGAGCUCCGGAGCCUUCAGCGUCCCCCUCGCCGCCGACCUCCACGGCGCCGACUGCCACGCGCAGCUCCACAGCGCCGCGAACGCGCCCUGCCCCGGCCAGGAGCCCUCCAGGAUCGCGCCCAUGUCUGGCGGCACCUUCGUCGCCAUCCCCGGCAAGACGCACUACCCGUCCGCGGAGUGCGCGUCCGCGUUCCUCUGCGCCCCGAUCAAGAAGCACUUCCUCGACCAUUUCCACAAGAAGCCAGUGCCGGAGUACCACCCCGUUCCUGAGCACAAGCCAGCGCCGGUGUACCACCCUACACCUGAAUACCACCCUCCCACACCAGAGUACCACCCCCCGACGCCGGAAUACCACCCUCCUACUACCCCGGUGUACGGGCAGCCAAAGCCAACUCCGAUCUACCAUCCUCCUGCUGAGCACUGAAUAAAUCAUUCCCGUGAGUCCAGCAUAUUUUGCCACGGACGGCGCAGCUGGGACGGCAUGCAUGAGGCUUGCGAUUAGUUAUUUAUAUUUGUACUUAUGUCUUAUUACUAGUGCACGAAGGGAGAAUAAAUGUUGAGUAGUUGUGAGGUUGUACUUGUGAUCGUUGUUUAGCUUUUAAUUAAAAGCGGGAUGCGUAUCUUGUUUCUUCGUCAGUGUAAGCGACUUGUUCGUACGUCCUCGUUAUAUGUGAAAUUAGCAAUCGCUUUGUUUUAAAUGUCAA